AGGAUUUUCAAAUUCAUUAAGCUCACUCUCUUACUAGUAUCAGAAUCUCCACCCUCUGACACCAUGGUCAGCUCUUGUUGUGGCUCCGUCUGCUCUGACCAGGGCUGUGGCCAGGAGACCUGCUGCCGCCCCAGCUGCUGUCAGAUCACCUGCUGCAGGACCACCUGCUACCAACCCACCUGCAGUGUGCCCAGCUGUUGUAGGCCCCAGUGCUGCAUCUCCAGCUGCUGCCGCCCCAGCUGCAGUGUCUCCAGCUGCUGCAGGCCCCAGUGCUGCAUCUCCAGCUGCUGCCGCCCCAGCUGCAGUGUCUCCAGCUGCUGCAGGCCCCAGUGCUGCAUCUCCAGCUGCUGCCACCCUUCUUGCAGUGGAUCCAGUAGCUGUGGCUCCAGCUGCUGCCGCCCCAGCUGCAGUGUGUCCAGCUGCUGCCACCCCAGCUGCUGCAUUUCCAGCUGCUGCCGCCCCAGCUUCAGUGUGUCUAGCUGCUGCCGCCCCAGCUGUGAUGUGUCCAGCUGCUGCCGCCCCAGCUGUGGCAUCUCCAGCUGCUGCCGCCCCAGCUGCUGCAUCUCCAGCUGCUGCCAGCCCUCUUGCUCCAGUUCUAGCUGCUGCGGCUCCAGCUGCUGCCGCCCCUCCUGCUGUCUGCGCCCAGUCUGUGGCCGGGUCUCCUGCCACACCACUUGCUACCGCCCCACCUGUGUCAUCUCCACCUGCCCCCGCCCUGUGUGCUGCCCCUCCUCUUGCUGCAAGGGGAGCGGGAUGGGAGACUCUCAAACUCAGGAAACCACUCUUGUGAAACCCACUCCUACCCACUUGGGGAAUCCCACGCCUUCCACUGACACCAUGGUCAGCUCCUGUUGUGGCUCCAUCUGCUCUGACCAGGGCUGUGGCCAGGAGAGCUGCUGCCGCCCCAGCUGCUGUCAGAUCACCUGCUGCAGGACCACCUACCUCCGCCCCACCUGCAGUGUGUCCAGCUGUUGCAGGCCCCAGUGCUGCAUCUCCAGCUGCUGCCAGCCCUCUUGCUCCAGUUCUAGCUGCUGCGGCUCCAGCUGCUGCCGCCCCAGCUGCUGCUCCAUCUCCCGCUGCUGCAUUCGCCCUUCUUGCAGUGGAUCCAGUAGCUGUGGCUCUACCUGCUGCCGCCCCAGCUGCAGUGUGUCCAGCUGCUGCCGCCCCAGCUGUGAUGUGUCCAGCUGCAGCAGGCCCCGGUGCUACAUCUCCAGCUGCUGCCGCCCCAGCUGCAGUGUGUCCAACUGCUGCCAGCCCCAGUGCUGUAUCUCCAGCUGCUGCCAGCCCUCUUGCUCCAGUUCUAGCUGCUGCGGCUCCAGCUGCUGCCGCCCCUCCUGCUGUCUGCGCCCAGUCUGUGGCCGGGUCUCCUGCCACACCACUUGCUACCGCCCCACCUGUGUCAUCUCCACCUGCCCCCGCCCUGUGUGCUGCCCCUCCUCUUGCUGCUGAAUCUCUGCCCUGUGACCACCGUCUGUCUACCUCUGUUCUCAUAGAUAUAGACCCCACUGUUAUGCUGACCUUUCGGAAACAGGGAGUGUGCUUGAGGUCACUUGACUGAAUUGGGCCUCAGGAUUCCAUUGGGGAACCGGGUCACGCUGUUGCAGGAGACAGAUGUGGUCCCGAGCACUUAUGCUUAACCGAGUUUACCCUUCAACCUGACCAGUGGUGAAAUCAUUCUCCUGACUUCUUUUUUCUACGGCUUUUCUGUACCCUGCUAUAUUUCUGUAACAAAAUAAAGUUACUUCUCCCUGCAUUAAAAAUUCAGCGUGAUUGUGGCUCCCUUGA